AUGCCUCACGCAGAAUCACCUCCACCUUCCCUCAACGGGGUCAGCCUCCACGUGAACGAUGGCCCCUUCUUGCCCUCAGAGGUUGCACAGAUGCGAGUGUCUCGCGCAGACGAGCCUCUCGACGUCCUGCGGCAGCGUUACCAGGAGGACGGCCAUGUCUUCGUGAAGGGCCUUCUGCCCCGCGAAGACGUCCUGAAGGCCCGCGAGGCCUACUUCGCCAGCCUGGCACACACGGGCGUCCUCAAGCCCGGCACCGCACACGUCGAGGGCAUCUUCGACGGCGCCAAGCCGGCGACUGACUACCCGGGCAUCGGCGCGGGCCAGGACGCUCUCGAGAGGUCCCCCGUGGCGGCCCAGUUCGUGGACGGGGCGCUGGCGCAGCACACGGCGCGGUGGUACUGGAACGAGGAGGGGAAGGGGUUCACGCAGCACCCGGCGCUGAGGGAGUUUGUGGAGCGGUUCACGGGCUGGGGCGACAAGACGCUUCCCGCCAUCGGCGUGCACUACGACCAGAGCUUCCUGCGGUACGGCGAGCCGACGGCGCUGACGGCGUGGGUGCCGAUGGGGGACAUCAGCCUCGAGGGCGGCGGGCUGAUCUAUCUCGAGGACGGGGUGAGGCUGGGCGAGGAGAUCGAGAACGACUUCUCGAGGAAGGCCAAGGAGGCCGGCAUGAGCGACGAGGAGAUGCGGAAUGCCUUCAACUCCAACAUGAUGAGCACCGGGUUCCUCUGCGACGGGCCGCUGGAGUUUGGGCGAAAGUACGGUCGGAGGUGGCUUGCUACUGCGUAUGAGGCCGGCGACGUGGUCUUCCACAAGUCACAUGCUAUCCAUGCUUCCACGAUAAACAAUGAUCCUGAAGGGAGGAUCAGAGUCGGGACUGAUCUGCGGUUUGUGGACUCGUCCAGGCCGUGGGACAAGCGCUGGGACAAGCAUUAUGAAAUGGGCGACGGGGUGUGA